AUGCUGCCCGGGAGGCUGUGCUGGGUGACGCUCCUGCUGGCGCUGGGCGUGGGGAGCGGCGGCGGCGGCGGUGGCGGCGGCGGGGACAGCCGGCGGCGCCGCCUCCUCGCGGCUAAAGUCAACAAGCACAAGCCAUGGAUCGAGACUUCGUAUCAUGGAGUCAUAACUGAGAACAAUGACACAGUCAUUUUGGACCCACCACUGGUAGCCCUGGAUAAAGAUGCACCAGUUCCUUUUGCAGGGGAAAUCUGUGCAUUCAAGAUCCAUGGCCAGGAGCUACCCUUUGAGGCCGUGGUGCUCAACAAAACAUCCGGGGAGGGCCGGCUCCGGGCCAAGAGCCCCAUCGACUGUGAGCUGCAGAAGGAGUACACAUUCAUCAUCCAGGCCUAUGACUGCGGCGCUGGGCCCCGGGAGACAGCCUGGAAGAAGUCACACAAGGCCGUGGUCCACAUCCAGGUGAAGGACGUCAAUGAGUUUGCUCCUGCCUUCAAAGAGCCAGCCUAUAAGGCUGUGGUGACGGAGGGCCAGAUCUACGACAGCAUCCUGCAGGUGGAGGCCGUCGACGAGGACUGCUCCCCCCAGUAUAGCCAGAUCUGCAACUAUGAAAUUGUCACAACAGAUGUGCCUUUUGCCAUCGACAGAAAUGGCAACAUCAGGAACACCGAGAAGCUGAGCUACGACAAGCAACGCCAGUAUGAGAUCCUGGUGACCGCCUACGACUGUGGACAGAAGCCUGCUGCUCAGGACACCCUGGUGCAGGUGGAUGUGAAGCCAGUUUGCAAGCCUGGCUGGCAAGACUGGACCAAAAGGAUUGAGUACCAGCCUGGCUCAGGAAGCAUGCCCCUGUUCCCCAGCAUCCACCUGGAGACAUGUGAUGGAGCUGUGUCAUCCCUGCAGAUCACCGCAGAGCUGCAGACCAAUUACAUCGGGAAGGGUUGUGACCGGGAGACCUAUUCUGAGAAAUCCCUUCAGAAACUAUGUGGAGCCUCCUCUGGCAUCAUCGACCUCUUACCAUCUCCCAGCGCUGCCACUAACUGGACUGCAGGACUGCUGGUGGACAGCAGUGAGAUAAUCUUCAAGUUUGAUGGCAGGCAGGGUGCCAAGAUCCCCGAUGGGAUUGUGCCCAAGAACCUGACGGACCAGUUCACCAUCACCAUGUGGAUGAAGCAUGGUCCCAGCCCCGGCGUGAGAGCUGAGAAGGAAACCAUCCUCUGCAACUCAGAUAAAACUGAAAUGAACCGGCAUCACUAUGCCCUGUACGUGCACAACUGCCGCCUCGUCUUCCUCCUGCGGAAGGACUUCGACCAGGCCGACACCUUUCGCCCAGCAGAGUUCCACUGGAAGCUGGACCAGAUUUGUGACAAAGAGUGGCAUUACUAUGUCAUCAAUGUGGAGUUUCCUGUGGUUACCUUAUACAUGGAUGGAGCAACAUAUGAACCAUACCUGGUGACCAACGAUUGGCCCAUUCAUCCAUCGCACAUAGCCAUGCAACUUACAGUCGGCGCUUGUUGGCAAGGAGGAGAAGUCGCCAAACCACGGUUUGCUCAGUUCUUCCAUGGCAGCCUGGCAAGCCUCACCAUCCGCCCGGGCAAAAUGGAAAGCCAGAAGGUGAUAUCCUGCUUGCAGGCCUGCAAGGAAGGGCUGGAUAUUAAUUCCUUGGAAAGCCUUGGCCAAGGAAUAAAGUACCACUUCAACCCCUCGCAGUCCAUCCUGGUGAUGGAAGGUGAUGACAUUGGGAACAUUAACCGUGCCCUCCAGAAGGUCUCCUACAUCAACUCCAGACAGUUCCCAACAGCGGGUGUGCGACGCCUCAAAGUCUCCUCCAAAGUCCAGUGCUUUGGGGAAGAUGUGUGCAUCAGCAUCCCUGACGUAGAUGCCUAUGUGAUGGUCCUACAGGCCAUCGAGCCCCAGAUCACCCUCCGGGGCACUGACCGCUUCUGGAGACCUGCUUCCCAGUUUGAAAGUGCCAGAGGAGUGAUCCUCUUCCCUGACAUCAAGAUUGUGAGCAGUUUCGCCAAUGCCGAGGCCCCUGGGGAUGUGAAAACUACAGCCCCCAAAUCAGCCAUCUUAGAAGAAAUGCUUCACAACUUAGAUUUCUGUGACAUUUUGGUGCUUGGAGGGGACUUGGACCCAAGACAGGAGUGCUUGGAGCUCAAUCACAGCGAGCUCCACCAACGACACCUGGAUGCCACUAACUCCACCGCGGGCUACUCCAUCUACGGUGUGGGCUCCAUGAGCCGCUACGAGCAGGUGCUGCACCACAUCCGCUACCGCAAUUGGCAUCCAGCCUCCCUUGAGACCCGACAGUUCCGGAUCAAGUGCUCAGAACUCAAUGGGCGCUACACCAGCAAUGAGUUCAACUUGGAGGUCGGCGUCCUCCGUGAGGUCAGAGUCUCAGACAAGGAACACGUCAACCACCUGAUUGUGCAGCCUCCCUUCCUCCAGUCUGUCCAUCACCCUGAGUCCCGGAGUAGCAUCCAGCGCAGUUCAGUGGUCCCAAGCAUUGCCACGGUGGUCAUCAUCAUUUCCGUGUGCAUGCUGGUGUUUGUCGUGGCCAUGGGUGUCUACCGGGUCCGGAUCGCCCACCAGCACUUCAUCCAGGAGGCCGAGGCUACCAAGGAGGCCGAGAUGGACUGGGAUGACUCUGCACUGACGAUCACAGUCAACCCCAUGGAGAAACAUGGAGAACCAGGGCGUGGGGAGGAUGAGACUGAGGGCGAGGAGGUCGAGGAAGACGUGAGCUCCAGCAGCAGCGCCUCCGACGACAGCGAAGAGGAGGAGGAUGAGGAAGGGACGGGCCGAGGCAGACGCGGGCAGAGUGGCGCCAGGCAAGCCCAGCUGGAGUGGGAUGACUCCACCCUCCCCUACUAG